UCUCCCACAGACACGCAGCCAGACCUAAAGCUGACUUCUAGCACCGUCACAGCUUCUCUCAACUUGCAGCUGAUUCUUUGACAGGAGCACACACACACACACACACAUAUAGACACACACCUUCGUGGGAGAGCUGAGAUAAAGACGUGCCUUCAGUCUUGGAGUGGCGCUGUCACACACUGAUAUACAAAUACGCAUUUAGACAAACACACAGGCACGGUCACCGCACAAAUUGACACACUCACUUCUUACAUACACAGGAGAGCAAACACACUCUCUCUCCCUCUUCCUUGCUCAGCUGCUCUCUCUCUCUCGCCUUCUCUCUCUCCCUCUCAUCCACACACACACACAGCACUACAGUAUAUCAGCGAGUGACUAGCAGAGAGCCAGAGGGGAGUGCAGAAAUGAAUGUGAAGAUCCUGACGCUGGUGAUUGUGCUCUUGGUGUCUCUGCUGUGUUCUGCCAGUGCUGGUCCCAUGGCCUCCACGGAGCAUGGCAGAGAGCUGGAAGAGGCGGCUACGGCGAGAAAAGUGGUGCAGCAGAACCCGGUGAGGGGCGGUCAGACCCACAGACCAGCCGGCUGGAAGAGGAGACGCCCUCGGCCCCGUCUCUCCCAUAAGGGGCCAAUGCCAUUCUAGAGCAAGGCAGUGCUUGAAGCGCCCUCCCCCGGGUUCUGAUUUCUAUGCUCUUCCUUUGCCUCGGGGGACCUUGCAACAAAGGGCCAAAGCUCGCCCAGCCUGAAGAGUGAUGUCCAUAGCACCUGCUGGUUCUUCAAGCAACUAUGUCCACAUAAAAAUCAGGACAAGCCGCUCACCCUCAGCUCUAGGAGGAAUCGGGGGCAGGGAAGGGGGGUGGGAGGUAUUGAGCCCGAGCUAUCCGAUUCUAAUUCUCUGUCUCUUUGUCUCUCUCCCUAAAGACGUGUCUAUCUCUGUCUUCUCCCAAGUGUUUUUGUUUCUUUUCUUAUCAUUUGCCUAAUAGAGCCCAAUCUGAGCAGCCUCCUCGAGUGUCUCACAUACUGUAGUUUGCAUGACAUGUGGUGGAGAGGAAGCCCACUCACAACACAGCAGCAUCACCUGUCUCUAUGGUGCCAGUUCCCCUACUCUCGAAUCUGAGCAGCCAGUAACCUAACUGUCGUGUAGCAACGUCAUGACUUCACUGGCUUGGAUCACGCAGAAGGGCGCCGUCCAUCUCAACAACUAGAUGUUUGCUGCUAACAAGAGUUCUUGUCGAGUACUGACACAUGAAGCGUCAUGUGACACUCAUCGCUUUGUUAUCACUGUUGACGGUGCUUCAGACUUCCUCAUGACAGCAUGUCCACAUGCAAAGCCACAGCAAAAGAAAGCACAUAUCGUGGAAACUAUCUAACAUGGCACAAGUCCUUAUUUUUGCUUCAGCUAUUACCAGGUUUACUGAUGGGCUCAAGGUUACUGUAACAUGUCCCACCUUGGAUGAGUCUCUUCACCUCAAAUCCCGGUCCUGCCCUCAAUCCCCAGCCUUUUCCACCCCGCUGCCGCCCGCAGCUGCUCUACACGACUGUUAACUGGCAGUGGCCCCCGACAGGUCGCUUUGCCUUUUAAUGAAGUGCCAAAUAACCGCUUUCUCCACAUUGCUGCCAGGAAGAAUGAGACAUAAGGGAGAAAUAAGAAACACAUUACCUCUCGUUUGAAUCUAAAAACGCGUGGACAUUACGCGCUCAUAUGAAGCUACAAUCCCUCCUGAGACGAGCAGAUUACACUUCAGCUACGUUCACAUUACGCUCAUAUAUUUUGGAUUCAAAGUUACCACUGCAAACUAACUUUCACACCUGGCUGGCAGUAUUUGAUGUGUCGUGGGCCCUUUAUCCACUGCAUGAGCAAAUGAAGUGAGGCUGACUUCAUUCAGAUUUUGGGUUGCCGUGGUGAUGUGAACGUAGCUUCAGCCCGCGAUAAGACUAGAAUAAAUAAAUCGGCUUGAAAACGACCUUGAACUCGGGCUGUGUUGGACUCCUCCAAAUGGCCGGUCCCGUCAUCUUCUACUGACUGAAUGCCUUUCCAUCAUACUGGAAUAUAUUACUGUUUAUUUGUGUUUUUACGUAGUUUUACUCCUUAUUUUCUCAGGGUUCAACGGAAGAGGCAAGAGAAGUCUAUUUUGUGCGUUACUUUAUGGAAACACACAUUUGUAGGUGUUAUAAAAAUAUUUUCAUAAGCUCUAUCCUAACUUUCUCUUUGUAUACGCCCGUCUCUUCAUGUACCCAGAGAAGGUCCCGAUUUCCCCUUCCCCAUGUCCGGUCCAAUACAGUUGCCUUUCUCAUCUGCCCUCCCACAGCACAGGUGGUCGCGGCUUUGAUGGUUGCGCUCAUUAAAUCCCGAAGUUAAUCUUUCUCAGAUGGAUCUCCCCAAGGCUGGCCCGGGCCACUUAGUCUGGGCUCAUUGUGAAAUUGGCUUAGACUGAAACCACACCCUUCCCCUCCCUCCCCCGACCCCCCCACCGACUCCCAUAUCUCCAAACCCCUGCUGAUUCAGUGUUCACUCGGACCGCAACCUGUCGAGCUGCCUUCUUCCCGUCAAUGCCACUCAAAACAAGUCAAACGAAAAUAUUCACUCCUACUAGUCACCAAGUGGUUUCACUGCCUGGUAAGACUAGAUGCACUUUUCUCUCUCACCAUAUCUCAUGCAAAUAUGAUCAUAAAACGCAGCCUCCUCUCCUCAGUAUGGGAGGAUUCCAAAAACAGCCUCACAAUAACAAGCCAAGCUUGUCUCCAUUAAAACACAUCAGAUUCCUGGGCACUGAGAAGAGUAAUAAUUUCAGUUACGCCAUGAUUUUUUCAUAUCCUCUCAGACAGAGAUGUAGAUUUCAUUAAUGCUUCUCGGGUGUGAGACAGCUUAGCUCAGGGUGUCUCAUGUGUUAUUGGGAAAGAUAUGAGCUGUGAAUGGAAGCCGCAGGAUUUGGGAUGCUGGACUGGGUUAUGACAAGGGGUUUGAAUCAGUAGUUCCCCAUUUCAUAAGACGUCUGUGAUGAAUGUAUCCUCACCAUUGGGAGCAGCCAUGUUGCCCUUCCAGAGACCAGAGCAAACUGAUGUUUAUGUAGGAAAUCAAGAAUCGUGGACUGGUUAAUAAUUCUCACCCAAAAAUUUCAAGCCAAAAAUGUGACCGAUCCAAAGCCCCCCCGCCCCCCCAUUGUUAACGUAAGCCCCAACAAAACGGACAUUGGCUUUGUUCUAAGUCUCUUUGGGUUUGCAAGGCUGCACUUUUGCUACUUCAUUAUGCUGCUGGAAAAAAAAAUCCCCCCCUUCAAAAAAAGAUCUUUUGGUAUGGAAUGGUUUCCAAAUGUAUUGUGACAAUUAUUUGUCUGAUUCUUGUCUAGCUGGUUGUCCAAAGCUUAGUUUUUGAGUACAGUUGAAGAAGCUGUCCUUUUGUGGAUGUAACAAACUAGAAAUUUAGUCUUCAGCACAAUAUGUCGUGGACAUGUAAAAGCUUUCAGGCUAUUUUUUUUCCCCCUGUAGAUCCCAGCACACAGCCCUCCCCUGCACAUCAGGUUAAUGGGCCUUGUGGUGUGGAAGGACAAGCACGUCCAGGCUCAGGCUGAAAUGCUAAACCAAUACAUUAUGCUCGAGGAGCAAAACCAUUUUCCCUAAUGGUCUUUUCCAGCAAGACUUACACAAGAGAAACGAUUCCUCCCUUCAAUGUUUCCUCUCCAGCUCUUCUUCUCUGUGACCAUCACAAGGCCUGAGUAAUGUUCCUAUGCACUUGUUAGCAUGUUCUCCUGGUAGAAAAAUGUUCUUUUCUCCCCCCCCCCCAAAAAAAAACCUGCCACUCUUUUUAAUGUUCAGCUGCUAGGAGUAGGAGAUGAGAAAGGAGUAUCUGUUGCCAGGUCAGGCGACACGAAGCAAGUAGCAGGUUUAGAGAUAUUACAUUCGCCGUUGGUCUUUUUUCCAACAGCCAUUCAGUUUUUGUCAUUCUAUGUUCUCAGUUUUCUACCAGAUAGGAUUCAGUAGAAUGACUCAGUUGGUGUAGUGACCGAUGAAAGAGUUAGCACACAGCACAUUCCAUGAUUUUAGAUUGUGAAUUUGGAAACCUAUCAAGCUGUUUUAUGUUGGCCUUCAAAGUGGGUGUCUGCUGGAUCAAAUGGCUGAUGUUUAACAACCCAAAGGAGAAACAUUGGAGUUCUGCAAAGGGUCAUUGUCUCAGAGCAUGAUAUGUCAUGAUUCGCUUAGACAAGCACGGAUCCCUCCUGCCUUGAUCUGAAAAUAAUCCGUCUGUAUAACCACUGUGUCCGAAACUCUGUUUCAUUCAGAACAAUCGGGGCAGAGAUCCAGUCUGCUACAGUGUUAUUGAAGCAGAAUCCAUUAGAAAGAUGAUGUAUUACUCCUGAAACCUAUAUUCUGUUUAUGGUGUGUGCUCAUAUUACUCACCAGGCCAAAUGUACAGUCCCUGUCUCUGUUUUUCGAUGUUGAACUGGGCAAAAUAAAUGACAUAAAUAAAUAAAACAAGUGUAUCAGAAAUGGUUGAAAUACUGUGUACAUAUCUGAACUUUUGGUUUCUAAUUUAUAAAAGAUAAGCUUUAGCUCUUGGAGUACUUAUUUUAUUUUAUUUUUUCCUUUCAUGCGUAGCUUUGUGUUUUUAUUUUCUAUUUCUGUAAAGUGUGUAAAUA